AACAAGUUUUCAGUCUUGAUUUCUACUUUUAAUAGAGUUGAAACUGUGCUACGACUGAUUGAACACUAUUCCAAAUCAGAUCUCGUUGAUACUGUAUUUAUUUCAUGGCAUAAUCCCAAAGUUAAACCGCCUGCUCAACUUUUUCAAGUUUCCCAUGCAAUUCUUGGUAACACUAGUACCAAUGCAGCGGUAAUUCUUGUUCUUCAAACUACUGAUUCUCUCAACAAUCGCUUCAACCCAAUCCGAUCUAUUCGCACACCUGCUGUGUUAAUGGUUGACGACGACAUUCGUAUCCCACUCUCACAACUUGAUGUAGCCUUUAAUGCAUGGAAAUACAAUCCUGAUCAACUUGUUGGCUUCUAUCCACGUUCGCACAGAAUCAAAUCAAUGCAUGACAGCAAUGAUCCAAAGCAAUGGGAGUUUGAGUAUCUAUAUGGUCCGUCUGAACCUAAACAUCAGUAUAGCAUGAUGCUCACCAAAGGAAUGUUUUUCCGAAAAGAGUAUCUUACCAUAUAUACAUGCAUGGUUCCACAACAGGUUCACGCCUACAUUGAUACCAUCAAAAACUGCGAGGAUAUCACCAUGAAUUUUAUUGCAAGUGCCAUCACUGGUAAAGCACCCCUCACCAUUAACUUUCCAAUGGUGGAUACUCAAAAAAACGGUCAAAGCACACAACAGCAUCGUGAUCUCAUGUUGGAAGUCAUGGCAGAUUUUGGACAAAGCGAUGGUAUUUCGACAAAGAACGAUCAUCAGUUACAUCGAUCCAUGUGCAUUUCAGACUUGGUGCAACUUUUUGGUACGUAUCCACUAGUU